UUGCAUCCGGUUUGCAUGCUCGAUGCAACUGUGAGAAAAAGCAUUGAUGAACAUCUGUCCGCUGACUAACAAAGCUACACAAAUAGGACAGUGCCAUCUUCUCUUAGCUUGUGCAUUACCUAACCACAGUGACUGCGUAAGCACAGACGAAAACCUUUGGUGUAAUGUAUUGCUGCACUGGCAAAGACAGACAUAGUGUAGCGUCAUGCAUUUAAGGUGCAUGCUCUUUCUAAGUGGGCUGGAGAUGAUUUUAUGUCAUGUAUUUUUGGUCAACAUCGAGCUGCAUCGAGAUCCCGCUGGUGCGGUGCUGGGGAGAUUUAAUAGAUCGUCUGCUGUACAGCAGAAGAACCCUUCACUCUAUCCUGCUAAUAGCAAUGCAGCUCAGCGUUUUCUCUGGCGGUGCAUUCGAGUACAGAGCUGGUGUGUGAUGUAGCACCCUGCAUCUCUCCGCUCUCCCUACAACCCUCUGCCAUGCUUAAUAAAAGUUGCCGCUUCCUGCUCAGUGGCUCCAGAACGAAAGCUUCAGUUGCCCAGCCAGCACAAAAGCAGACCAAUAGUCCGAUUUAGCUACACGCUGCUUAAACCGUGAGUUAUUCCUAUAGCUUGUAGCAGGACAGAAGAGGGACAGCCAGAGGAGGGCAGGGCAGAUCUAGCCCAGGACUUGGGCUGCAUGGAUAGAGGCGAAGGACGUUGGAGCCGGAGUCAUCUUCAUACAGAGAGGGAGGGAGAGGAAGAAAGACGUCAGAAAAAGCUCUGCUUCUGACAACACCACUGUUCAGCGACCAUCAUAGAAAAAGAAAACUACUUUCGCCUUGGUCUCACGAAACUGUUUUUCAUGUAUAGUUUGGUAUACACGGGGCUGUAGAAAAGGGAUACUGCAUGACACUGCUUCCUGUUCGCCCUGCAUCACUUUCUCUGAUUUACUAAGAUGACUGUGGUGUCUCCAUGCCCUCACAACCUGAUGGAUAACGCUCACCCUCAAACUGUGCUUAGCAAGCUUAAUGAACAGCGUUUACAGGGCCUCUUCUGUGAUGUUACCAUUGUGGUGGAGGAUGUAAAGUUUCGGGCCCACAAGAACAUACUGGCAGCCUGCAGUGGGUACUUCAGGAACGCUCUGACGACUUCUGAGCCAUGGAACUCCAGCCAAGUGCUGGAGCUGAUGGACCUUAAGUCUGAAGUGUUUGCCUGUAUCCUCAACUUCAUAUACUGCUCAAAGGUGACAUCAUCUGAUGCAGAGGACACCAAGGGUGUAGUAGCAGCUGGAAAAAGACUCGGAAUUGCUUUUUUGGAGAAGCUCGCAGAACAAGAGAGACAGGAUGAAUGUGUUAAACCAGCAGAUUCUUGCACUGCCCCGGUGUCUGAAAAAAUAAAGAAAGCACCUCUUGGGCUUGAGGAGGUAGACAGCAGCAGAGGACCACGCAUCACCAAUGCCUUCUCAAUCACUGAAGUGUGUCCUGGAAACAAUCCUUUCACCCCUCUGGAUCAAGCAAACAGAGAGAGGCAGUCACCCGACUUGGGUCAGCUCCCAUCAAGUUGUUCUACAACAUCCUGCUUCAGCGGGAACAAUGAGACUACCCACGCCCUCUCCGAGCACUCAUAUGCAGUAUGCAAAUCCACUGAAGGCAAAGAUAGCAGUCAGUGUGACAGCAAGAAGGUCUGUAAGCCAGCUGUACCACAGCCAAAGCAACUCAUUUACAGGAAUAUAGGACCGCUUAAAAAGCGGCACAAGCUGAGAAGCAUUUUGGGUAAAAGCAUGCUUCCGACACCAGCCGAACCAGAAACCGACAAACCAAAUACAGUGACCCCCACAUUUACUGACGGUGCUACUGCAACACCUGCCACAGUUAUGACCCCGCCUCCGCUUUUUUCUGAGGCAGAAAAAAGCAUAGACACAGGGCCACCUAUGGCCACAGACACAGCUCCAAUGGAGCUAGGUCCGCCAACACUUUCCCCUCAGACAGAGGACAGCAUAUCAAUCUAUGGCUGUGAGCACUGUCCGGAGAUAUUCACAAAUAAAGCUCUUCUCACCAUUCACUCAGAGGUACAUAAAAAGCGUUUUGUUAGUCAUUUGUUUUGCAAGUUUUGCCACAGGAAGUUUAUACACCUCAAACGUCUGCGCAACCAUGAGCAGGUCUGUCCUAAGGCUUUGAGAGGCCCACCUAAACUAGAUGCCAGGGAUAGCUCAACCAAAGAGGUGGAUCACCAUUCCGAUGACGGAUCAGAAAUGGAAACCAACAUAUCCCAGCCUCCUCCCACCGACCUACCAAGCCCUCACACCCCAGAGCCCCUUCAAGUGGACCAAUCAGAGCCUCCACACGAUGAGAAGCCAAUGAAGAUAUAUGGUGGUCAGAGGAGAUAUAGCUGUAGUGUGUGUAAACGGGUUUACGUCACCCUAUCCAGUCUAAAGCGGCAUGAGAAUGUACAUUCCUGGCAGAGGGCCUACCCCUGUCAUUACUGUAACAAAGUAUUUGCCCUGGCAGAGUAUCGCACUAAGCAUGAAAUCUGGCACACAGGUGAACGCCGCUACCAGUGCAUUUUCUGCCUGGAGACAUUCAUGACAUACUAUAUCCUGAAGAACCAUCAGAAGUCCUUUCAUGGCAUUGAUCCCAGUCUGUCUGUUAAGAAAAAGUCUGCAAACGGUGGGCUAAAAUCCAACAUUUAUCCUCUCAAACUCUACAGGCUUCUACCCAUGAAGUUUAGAAAAAGACAAUACAAGACGUACAGUCACACGUAUUCAGAGAGAGCUGAAGGAGGUGAUCAGUCUGCAACAGACAGUAACUCUGUUAUCCCUCAAAUUGAAGAAAAUGGUCUCAACAGCCACUCUGACACUGCUUCAUUCCCUCUGACGUUCAUGGCAACAACAAAGAUGAUUUCACCUGUCAUGCCUCGCAUCAGCUUUGACAAGCCAUGUGACCAGGAUGGCGACCAAAAUCUAAACAGUGAGGUGGAAAUUCGAGGGGCCACAAGAAAAGAGGCAGAAAACAGAGGUCCACCCUUCUUUAGCUAUGACGGUUCCUUUUCUGUGCAACCCCAUGCAGAAUCUCCUGCAGGUUACAAAGAUAAUCCAUCUCCGUUAAUUAACUCAGAGCACAUGAGUCAUAAUAUGCCCUUCUUAAAGUCCUUGAACACUGUUAAAAAGCUAGGUGAGCUGUCAGCUUCUGCCAAAAGAGUCGAGGACAUGACCAAGGAGAUCCUUCAAUCGCACACAGAGAAUUUGUUGUGUGAUAAAACACUGGGGGCAAAAACAGAAACAUACAUCGCCAAACCAGCAUGCCCAGGUCCAUCUUUUGACAGCGAUGCCAUGCCGCUGUGUCAGAUAACAGUCAAAAUUGGCAACGAAGCCAUUAUCCGACGCCAAAUCAAAGGAUCGAAACUAUUUCCCAGGAAAAAAAGGAGAAUUCGAGAACUGAGUGUGGAGCAGAGCCCAAGCCAGUGCCCUCUAACAAGGGAAGACUCAGAGAGUCCCAGGCUCCGCUUCAGACCAGAAGUUGCUGCCACCAGAGAGCCAGAGGCAUGCGAUGACCCGUCUGAUUGCGAGGGAGCAGAUAAGCUCUGGCGCCCCUACUAUUCCUAUAAAGCUAAAAAGAAAAGGAAGAAGCUCAGAUAUAAGCACAGAAAAGCCAUGUUUCACCAUUUUUCUGAAACAUCAGUAGAUAGAACUGCUGCUAGCGAGGCCCACCUGGAAAGAAGCAGUUGGCUGAGAGAAGAGAGCGUGUCGGUGAGCAGCACGAGGGUGAAGCACAGCGUUGGCAAGAACUGCAGCCCGAGGGCCACGUACAACUGUGAGAUCUGUGACAGCUCUUUUAUCACGGAGACCGGUCUGAGGGCUCAUGUCAUUGGCUCUCACCCCUGUUUCUGUCGAACCUGCGGUAAACAAGGCCCCCCCAGUGAGGCGCCCGCCGGCCGCGAUUACAUCUGCAGCAGCUGUAUGGAAAAUGGCUCCUGCUUCGAUAACACACCCCAGAGCCCCAACCGAGAGAAAAGGUACCGCUGCUCCUUCUGUCCCCAGCGCUUUCUCUACCUCGCCACGAAGAGAAGCCACGAGAAAAAACACAAGGAAGCGAACGAGGAGGGCUACACUUUUGACGACUUCGCACCGUGUUCGAAAUACUCUGCACACCAGAGCGAAGCCAACAAACAGGCAACCGUCAAAACAGAGGACAGUGACAAUCACGGGGCGACGAACAUAAAACAUGAAAGAGUGGAAGGGGAACAUUUUUCCGUUGAUGAGAAUCAGCCUAAAACUGAGGAGAAAACUGACUUAACGACUCUCCAUCAAGAUGUGUCAUAUUCCAGCAUUAAAAGUCCGUUAUCACCUUGCACUGACCCACUGUUUUCCCUUGCAGCCUCAAAGCUGAAACACAAAAUACCAAAAAAGAGGUUAAACACACAGCAUUCAAGUCACCUGGUUUCAAAAAGGCAAGCGUGCGACAGAGACAGUGACAGCAACACGGACGCUGUGACGGGACCAAGAACGAACAGUCACAGUGAACUCUUUAGAAGAAAUGACUCUGACUCUAGAGGUGCCCACAUUUCCAUGCACAAGCCAGAGAAAUGGGUGUGCAAAGAGGAGCCGUUUUUUUAAAGGUCCAUGAGGACUGCAACCAGCUACAGGGAAGAUUAAGGAGAAAAGAAAAAAAAAAGCAAUUUGGUUAGGGAACAUAGGAUUUGCAAUGUUGUAUUUGCAGCUUAGAGUGUUUGAAGGGACAGCAAACAGUAAACAUGAUGAUCUAAUUAUCCAUGUAAUCUCUUCCCUCCUAAACCAGACUCAGUAAGCUUUUGUUCAGGUUUUUUUUUUGUUUCUUGCAUAAUAUAGGACCUCUUGACACAGACUGUAUUUUGUCCAUUGUCUAUGCAUGUAAGGUAGACUCAGUGACAUGACAGAAAGCUCAUGGAAACAAAAUAAAUAAAUACAACUACUGGUGAUAUUUCUUCAAAACGAUGUGCAAUAUCAAAGCAGAGAGACAAAGUGUUGGAAAAUAUGUAAAAUCCGUCUAGUCUUCACUUUUCUAAGCCUGGAGAAAACCAUAUGAAUUUUCUGACUGUCACCUUUCUGAAUCUCCCUGUCAGCUAGCUGGACAUGGCGAGUUGCACUUUAUAGGUAGACUAUGCUAAUUUGUUCAUUUAAUACUUUGGAUAAGUCGAUUUCAAUUUGAAGCACCACUGAUGUAAUUUCAAUUUUUGAAUUAACUCAUUGCA